ACUUUUAUCCCAAUUAAGAGAGAGCCUUCUAAAAAUUUGUAAAGGAAGGAAGAGAGUUGGUUCAACUAUUCUCAGAACAUAAUUGUGGUUCUUAGAGCAAAACCCUACUAAUUAAGCAGGGUUGGAUAAUUGUAAUACAUGGUUAAAGUUUUAAUUGGUCAAAGCUUUUAUCUCUAAUUAAAUAGUAGCAAAUGUUUAUUACUUUUUCUUACAUUUUGAAAAAGGAGACUUGUUUGCUUUUGAAAACUCAUUAUUCCCUAAGACCUUUGAAAGUGCUGUGCCAGUUCUUGAUGUCCUCUGAAAAACAUGUUUUUGACGUGACCCCAAUUUGAGGACCACUGAGUUAUAGCAGUGACAGAGAAUUUUCAAGGAAGGAAAUUGUAUUGUGUAGCUAAGGAGUUUCCAAACUUGGCAACUUUAAGAUUUGUGGACUUCAUUUCUUGGAAUUCCUGAACCAGCCAUGCCAACUUGCCAAGGUCAGCUUUUUCUCUCCAAAUUCUAUAAAAUGAUAUACGUUAAAAGUACUGGUUAGCAAGAUGGACUUUUAAAGUUAAGCAGUAGGAUUAAACUCUGAAUCCACACACAAAAGCCUGCACAAACCUUACAAAUUAUAGCUACGUCUUAUACAACCAGGAAGAGAAAGAUGAUGAGUCAGAUAAUGAAGAUGUUGAACGUGUGGCUCUUGUCACACAGCAUGGAUUAGCAAAACACAGUAACUUCCCUGACCCUACUGAUGGAUUCUUCCAAAUGACACGUGACAUCCGUGAAGCCUUGAAGGUACUGGAAUGCAAAGUGAAGGACCUAGAAAAAAAUCAGACUACAGUCCUGGCUUCACCAAUCCCCGAUGACAAUACGAAGCAAGGCCUACAAAAGCUGCGUGAAGAGAUCAAGGAGUUGGCAAAAGACACCAGAGCCCAGCUGAAGAGAAUUGAGCCUACAAAGGAGGAACAAGAUGAGAACAGAAAUUCGUUCAACAACCGAAUGAAGAGAAAUCAGCAUGGAAUCCUUUCCCAACAAUUCAUGGAUCUCAUCAAUAAAUGCAACUCUAUACAGUCUGACUACCGAGACCGCAAUCUGGAGCGCAUCAAACGACACCUACAGAUUACUGGUAGCACAGUGGUAUCUGAUGACGAGCUGGAUGAGAUGCUGGAGAGUGGUCAAACAGAAGUAUUUAUUUCAAAUCUCAUGAAGGACACACAAGUGACAAAGCAGGCUCUCAAUGAGAUCGAAACCAGGCACAGUGAAAUCCUGAAAUUGGAGCGCAGUAUCCAGGAGCUACAUGACCUGUUUAUGUUCCUGGCUACAGAAGUGGAGCUGCAAGGAGACAUGAUUGACCGGAUAGAGAAGAACAUUCUAGACUCUGGGGACUAUGUCAAGAAAGGGCAACUGCACCUUCAUCAAGCCCAGGAAAAUCAGAAGAAAGCUCUUAAGAAGAAGUUCAUGAUUGGCAUCUGCUUGACCAUCACAGUAGUCAUCAUUAUUCUCAUCAUCAUCCUGGCCCUUACAAUUUAGAAGGACUUCCCCAUCCCCUUGGGUCUCCCUUCAUGCUGCAUGAUCAAAGCCUGAUGGAGUUCCCUCAGGCUGCAUUUCUAUCCUGGAACUGUUCUCCUUUCACUGAGGAGGCCUUUGCACUACAGAUGACUGGUGGGGCUCCUCCAGCCCCUCCAUUCCUGGAAGCACAUGCUGCCUAUGCCUAGAAACCUUCCCAAUGUUCAAAACCAUGUCCAGGUGCCUAUAACGGUCAUAAUCUAGAAGACUGUCUCUGCUGCUUUGAUUUUGACCUUUGUGGAUUAUUUUUGUAAGAUUUUCCUCAAUGGAUUCUGCAGUCCUGACACAGAAACGAUGAUCAUGAAAGAAUCCUCAAAGAAAGAACCCUUUGUUGUUGUUGUUGUUGUUGUUGUUUAUUCUUGUAAAGACACAACAAAGCAACACCAUGAGCAACCCUAGUUUUCCUUUACUGAUCAUGGCACUUUUCCCCCCUCUAGUUCUCUCCCAAAUCCUGCUUCAGCACCUUCCUCAACCUAUCAUAGCUCGUGCCAUGUCACUUUAAAAAAAUAGGCUCCUCCCCACCCAAAAUAUUCUGUGUUCACCAGAGAGCAAAAGAAGAUAAUAAUAUUCUGCAGAGGUUGGAGCAGAUCUUGAUCCUUCCCAUCCUAUGCUCAGCCAUGCAGGGGGAAGUCUACUCUUCAUCCUGAGAUGAUCUGUUGGAUUUUUCUCCUUGUUUUAGAGACACAACCUAGUUUGAUAAAGAUUGGAAGAUGAACACAUCCUGGUCCAUUCUUAGCUGAAAUAUUGGGGUUGCCAAGCUAUUUUCCAAUUUCCUUUAGAGCUGUAGCUGUGUCUUUUCUCCACCUACGUGCCUUAGGAAUUGUGUGCCCAACUUUUGGUCGUGACUACAGAUUACUUUAUUCUCUCCCUUGGAUCUUUUGAUCCUGAUUAAUAUCCCAGUGCCAACUUUAAAAGGAUUGAGAGUGAACUAUACAAACUGUCCCUUGUGAGAUUUGCACAGAGACCAAAAUUUGCACAGACGGCCUAAAUAUGUUCAGAGGACCAGGUUAAAUCAAGGUCCAAAACAGUCUAGCAAGUCGAGUCAUCUGGUGUGUUUUUCCAUGCAAGUCCAGCUAAAUUAUUUUGGGAAAUCAUGACGCAAGUGGAAAUUAGGAUCUCCUGCUCCUGUUUUUAAAAAUCCAAUACUUUUAUAUUUUGGGGGGGAAAUAUCAGAGAAUUAAGCUUUCCCCCACCUACCCCAAUUGCUUUGAAGUCUCAAUGUACUCAAAAGCAGGCUGACUAUAUUUUGUAAUAUAAAAUAAAAGCACUUUUAAAAACA